CUGGCUGCUCCUCCAUCUUACGAUUCAGGAUUCAGGAACGGAAGCUGCAACUGAGCUGAAGUAUCAGCAAGAGCCGGCCAGCCGCCAAUCUCCCUUAAUAUUCCUCUUCUUUCCUCUUCCCCCCUUCUUUCUUCUUCCUCAUGCCUCCAUCCUUUCUCUCUAUCUCUUACGACUUGUCUCCCGCGUCCUUGGGGAUUUCGGCUGUUCUAGGUGUACUCGUUCUCUAUACAUUCGUCAAGAUGUUUGGCUUCAGGACCACAAACCAAUUUGUCGUGGAGGGUCGGACGGCGGUGAUCACUGGUGGCUCGGAGGGCAUGGGCAAGGCCGUGGCCUGCCAGCUCGCAGAGAAAGGAGCAAAUGUUGUCAUUGUUUCUCGGACCGUCCAAAAGCUUGAAGAGGCCAUGGAAGCUAUCAAGGGCUCCGCCACCAAUGCCAGCAAGCAACGGUUUCACUACAUUAGUGCGGACCUCACGAAACCUGAAGAAUGCGAACGCAUUAUGACUGAAGUCACUGAAUUUAAUGAUGGCAUGCCCCCUGAUAUCGUUUGGUGCUGCGCUGGAUAUUGUACUCCGGGAUACUUCAUCGAAACACCCCUCCAAACGCUCAAGGACCAAAUGGAUACUGUUUACUGGACUGCGGCAAACACGGCACAUGCAGUCCUGAAGAGGUGGCUUGUUCCAGUCAACCCUAGCCACCAGAGGCCAUUACCUCGACGCCAUCUUAUCUUCACCUGUUCCACCCUCGCCUUUGUACCUAUCGCUGGCUAUGCGCCAUACUCCCCCGCAAAAGCAGCCAUGCGUUCUCUCUCGGACACGUUGAACCAGGAGAUUGAAAUCUACAACGGAUCGCGUGCCUCGAAAGAACGAUCUCGUGCUACUCCUGCCGAUGUCAAGGUUCACACUGUGUUUCCCAUGGGAAUUCUCAGUCCGGGAUUUGACAAUGAGCAGCAAAUCAAACCUGCUCUUACGAAGCAGCUCGAGGCUGCUGACAAGCCCCAGACACCCAAGGAAGUCGCUAGCAUUGCCAUCGAAGCCAUUGAACGAGGCGAGUACCUUAUUACUACUAUGUUUGUCGGAGAUUUGAUGAAGGGCUCUGCGCUUGGGUCUAGCCCAAGAAACUCUUGGCUCCGCGAUACGUUCACUGGCUGGCUUAGCAACCUGGUAUUUUUGCAGGUAGUCCCAGACCUUAGGAAACAGGCUUUUACAUGGGGACAAAAGAAUGGUAUUCCAGCCUCAUCUUCGGGUUAGGGAUUGGUUUUUCUUCACUGGUUUCAUUGAAAAUGCCGUUUCAUUGUCUGGUGUACGGUUUAGAUACCCUCGAGCGCCUUCUUUGUUUAUCUUUAUUGCUAUCGUAUAUUCUUCUUAUCUUAUCCCUAAGAAUAACAGCCGCAAAUGAAAGUGACUAUUGUUCUCCUGCUCGUCAUUUUUCUUGGCAACUACCCUUUCUACGAUGCAGACAUGGGCCGGGUAGACCAUUCAAUAUUAAGAGUAGAACGGGC